AUUCUUGUGAAUUUGUGACCAAUAAAAUAGUAUGACAGGAACAUUUAAGAAUGUUAUUUGUGCGCUUGGAUUAUUUUCAUUAUGCUUCUUGGGUAUUCCUAUUAAAAUUAAAGAGCCCGACACAGUAGAACACGAAUUUAUGCAGUUUAUUCAGAAACAUAACAAAAGCUAUUCUAAAGAUUCAGCGGAGUAUGAAAAGCGUUUGUCGUAUUUCAAGGCGAGUCACAAUAGGGCCAAGCAAUACAACAUACUGCAUAAUCAGAGUAAUGUUCCUGCCACAUUUGGCAUUACCAAAUACUCAGAUCUUGAACCUGCAGAAUUCCAAGAAAUGUUACUUCGACAUAAACCCAGUCCAUUGUCAUGUGUCUUAGGAUCUAACCUCAUUCGUAUUCAUAAAAGCAGGAGAAAAAGAGAAAUUCCAAAUGAGGGAAAAUAUCCCAAGCCACUUCCCAGUUAUGUUGAUUGGAGAGAAAAAAAUGUUGUGACAUCGGUUAAAAAUCAACAUAGCUGUGGAGCUUGCUGGGCUUUUAGUACUGUUGAAACUAUUGAAAGCAUGCAUGCUAUUAAGAAUGGAAAACUGAAGGAGUUAAGCACACAGGAAGUUAUUGACUGUGCCAGAAAUGGAAAUAUGGGGUGCACUGGGGGUGACACUUGCACAGCCUUAACUUGGAUGGCAUCAUCCAAUGUAACAUUAUUGGAAGAAAAUGAAUAUCCUUUGACAUUGAAGCAACAAAUUUGUAAAAUUGAAUUGCGAGGUUCACCAUCGGAAAUCCAAUUGGAGUAUUUCAGCUGUUUCAACUUGGUUGAUAAUGAAGAUCAAUUGAAAAGAAUUCUUGCUUUCCAUGGGCCAGUCACAGCAGCGGUCGAUGCGGUCACGUGGCAGGAUUAUUUGGGUGGAAUUAUCCAGUAUCACUGUCGAGACCACACAAAUCACGCCGUCCAGAUCGUAGGCUAUGAUGCAAGAGGUCCUAUUCCAUUCUACAUCGUAAGAAACUCUUGGGGAGUUGAUUUCGGCAAUGAAGGUUAUCUCCAAAUAGCCAUUGGGAAGAACCUUUGCGGAAUUGCCCGUGAGGUAUCCGCUCUUGACGUUGCUGCCUAAAAACUCCUCGAGUUAAAUUAAAACUCGAAAGCUCAUGCGGUAGCACCUAUGAAAUCUCAUCCCAUAAUACUCUAGUCUUGAAUAGAUUAAAAAUGACCAAUAACAUUUCUUACUUCUAGUUGCGUUAAAGCAUUAAAUAUUCAACCUUAUUUUUCUAUUUGUAUUCGUAUGUGUUAUACAGUUUAUUCCUUUCCAGCAAAAUUCUAAUAAAACUUGUUUCUUGCUUCCUAA